AUGGCUGUGGACUUUAGGGACCCCAAGAGUGGUUUCCGUCACUGCGAAGUGGUUCUGUUCAUCAAUGAAGAGGUACUGAAGAAUGGCGGUGGUCCUGGCUUCUACCUGACCUUUCGUUCACGGCCCUGGAAGGAUAUCGAAGAUGGCCUGAAGUCUAUCGUGGUUGAUGCCCAAGUACCGCGCACAAUUAAGCGGGCAUGCGCCUGGAGUGCUCUGGCCCUGGGAGUGAGGGUGGCUACCAGGCAACGAGAAAGGCAGACACGACGAGUUCAACAGCUGCAAGGUCAGGUAAAAGACCAUGAGGCAGCCUCAUGGACUUUGGCCACAGACCUCCAAAGGCUGCGUGAUGAACGUGAUGAAGUGGUCUCUGAGCUUCGCAGUGCAAGAGACAACCUGAAGCAAGUGCUACAAGAGCGUGAUAUGUUGCACAGGAAACUAAUUGAGUUUGAGCUCUCACAGCAACUCCUUGCUGAAUCACAAGAUGCUGAUUAUCCAGGUACUCCGCCAUGGCCUCUACUUUUCAAAAAACAUGCAGAAGCUCUUGACUCAGGCUUGCAGGAUGGGCAGUAUGCAGUGUCCCCGAAGAAAGAACAGACGGCAUCUAUAACAGCUCUAGAAUCUCUGCAUGAGGCUGAAGAAUUCCCUGCUUCCACUGUGUGA